AUAUUUGUGAAUAUGAAUUUGAAAAUUCUAUAAUCCCACCAUUAGAUUGCGAUACCCAAUGGAACUCUACCUAUACGAUAUUAAAAUCAACUAUAAAAAUGAAGAAAGUGGUUAUUCGAAUGGGUGAUCAUGAUCGAACUUUUCCUGACAUACCCACGGAAGAUGAAUGGUCAAAGGCAGAUAAAAUCUAUACACUAAAAGCAUCAGCAAAUGCUUAUUCAACUCACAACAAUACUUUCGCUUCUAUUUUAAAUAUUCAUACUCAUCUUUGUAGUAUGAAAUUUCAUACGGAUGGUUUUAUCCGUAAUGUUUCUAAGCCUAUGAUAGAAAAGUUUAAUAAAUAUUGGGAAGAUAGUAAUUUUUUAAGUAUUACUGCCUGUAUUCUUGAUUCUCAUUAUAAGUUACAAUUCAUUUCAUUCUUUUAUCGUGAAAAGGAAAAAUUAGAGUCAGAUAACUUCGAUGAAAAAAUACAAAAUAUUAGGAAAAAAUUUGAAAAUAUAUAUCUUCAAACUUAUUACGCUCUGCCAGCUAUUGAACGUUCAACUAAUUACGAAGUUGCCAGUACUGAAGAUAAUAUAUUAACAUUUGAGGAUCACAUUAAUGAUUUUUUUGAAUAUACAAUAAGAAGUACUCAUGCUAGUGAAAAUAAUAUGCUUUGUGAAGUUAAUCAAUAUUUAGAUGAAAAAAUUGCAGAUAGAACUACAAAUGUUCUUGAAUGGUGGAAACUUAAUAAAGAUCGCUUCCCAACUUUGUCAACCAUGGCUCAAGACUUUCUUGCAAUACCAUCUACCAGUGUAGCAUCCGAACAAAUGUUUAGCAGUGCAGGGCAUAUCAUCGCUGAUACUCGUACUUCAUUAGACCCAGACACAAUAGCAGCAUUAAUGUGUCAGCGGAAUUGGUUAGAGGCCGCAGCAAAGUUUGAAUGGGAAUUAUAA